CAAAAAUCAUCUUUAAUUUUGGUUAAAAAUGAUCUUUAAAAGUAGUAGAAAGCAUUAAAUUUAAGUGUGUGAUACAUGCAGACAUCCUGUGAAACAUAUUUCGGCAGAUGCAGGGUUACUGUGCAGCAGGAACGGGUGAUUCACACAAACACUGAACGGACACGUCUGCUUUGUGCUCUGAGUUCUUGGGUGUCUGGUUGUGCUGCUGUUGAUCAAUGAACUGAAGCUCAAUAUACUCCAGGAAUAAGAAACCCAUUGAGACUUUUACAAUUACAAUGAAUGCCUACAGGGUGUGGAACUGACAACUGGAAUGAGAUGAUGGUGAACCGAGGUAAAAAUCUGCUUUUAGGACUAUCGGACCAUUUCCAUUGAUGUACUGAAGACAUCAUACAGUUUGUACAGAUCCCCAGAUCCAUUAAUCUGUCGAUUGUUUUCUUCAUCAAUCGGGUGCUGCAGUAUUCUCUCGGGAUAAGUUUGUUGCUUUGUUUGUAAUUUUUGGUGCUCUGGGACAGAGGCUCGUUUUGUUUGGAUACAGUCAGCACUCAGCUGUUAAAUUCCGUAAAAAUGCAAAGCCCAUGGUUUCCAAAAAUGGCCCUUAGUUCUAUGUAUGGUAUGGUAUGGUAAUUAUCAUUAUUAGACAAGCUGUAUGCUUGGCCUUAGCAUACAGACUCUCUCUGUCUGGUUAGCGUGCUAAAAGGAAACUGUGGAUAUGACACAUUGAAGUGGCACGGUCAUUUUCACACUUGACAGAGCAUCACGUGUAGCAUUGCAAGAGAGGAGAGAGGGAGCCCGCCGUGGCAGAACGGGAGCAGAAAAGAAAGAGAGGAAUGAAAGCAGGGAGGAGGAGAGGAAUAUUGGGAGUUUGGUUCGUCAGAUCUUAUUUUACUCCCACCGCCGACACGCGCAGUCACUGCCGCUCUCAAACUUUCACUCAUUACCAGCUCUCUCUUCCCUCUCCUUCCCCCUCGUUUGAAGCGCUGAUCUCUCUUCCUCCCACACUCUGUCUGUCUCCUGAGGUUUUUCCUUCCUGACUUUGUUUCUUCUUCCUCUUCCUCCCCGUCCUUCCCCCUUCUGUGUGUGUUUUUCUUGCCCAUCUUUUUAUCUUGUCGCCGGCUGCUGGAUGGCAUUUUAUUCUUGUUCCCUCCACAGUCUGCUGCUCUCCUUGGUUUAGCACAGCUGUUACAACCCUCCUCACUCACUCACUUUUGCUCUGCUUUUCACGCGUGCACACACACACACACACACACACACACACACACACACACACACACACACACACACGCACGCUGACAAACACACACAUCUCAUUCUUCCUCUCUUCUCUCCUGCCAACUUCUGUUUCUCUCUUAUGUAAAUUUCCAAGUCUCUUUUCUUUACCUUGCAAACACACACACACACAUGCACAAGCCUGCACCUCAUGCGUGCGCACACACACACACACACACACACACACACACACACACACACACACACACACCACAGUUUUGAGUCAUAUACCACUUCUCCACAUUAGCUAAUCUCACUCAUCACCAUUCUCACAGUUGCACCCGCUCUGGUAGGUACAGCACAUACACACACACACACACGCACACACACUCACACACACACACACUUUUACCCAGUAGCUCUCCCCACCACACACAUCGGUACACACCCUCUCUCCUCUCUCUCUCUUGUCCUCCCUCCCAGUUAUACACAUUCUCUCUCUCCCUCUCAUUCCUCAUCUGCACCUCAGCACAGUAACAUGUUGGCUCGUCUGAGCUCCAGUGCCGAGCAGUACGCAGAGGCUGCCUGCUCCCUAUCUGCCUGACCAAACAUAAAAGGCAAACAAGAAGGAGAAGCGAGAGGACGGCAACUCAAGUCUCAUCUCUCUCCUUCGCUGUCCGACCACCUUCUCUGGGAGGAAGAGGAGGAGGAGGUGGAGGAAGAUUGCUUUUCACACUGUCCUGACUCAGUUUGUCACCUCAAGCAGAAGGAGCGGCAGAGGAUGCAAAGCACAGAAGCUGAAAAGUUGGCUCUCUUUCACUCAGCUGUCCAUCCAUCCCUCGCAGCUGACCAAACUUUUUCAAGCCAAGAGGAGGAGGAGGAGGUGGACUUUUGAGGGUGAAGAGGAAGGGAAGCAAAAGCAUCCCUCGCACGGGUUACUUUUGUACACACGUGUUUUGUUCAGCAGGGAAGCAGCACCAUCCUUCCAGAGGCAGCUACCCAUGUGGCAGGAGGCUCUGUGGACCCGCGGACGCUACCUGCUGGAGAAGAGCGAUGGCGGCGAAGGCGGCGAGGGGCCCGAGAGCCUGGGAGACGGGUGCCCGGGGUUCCAGGGUGAGGUGUGCGUGGAGGGGGAGAAACCCCAGGACUGGCUGUACGAGUCUUACUACAGAAUGAGCCAGCAGCAUCCACUGAUCGUGUUCCUGCUGCUGAUCGUCAUGGGAACCUGCCUCGCACUGCUGGCGGUGUUCUUCGCUUCAGGACUGAAUACAGAGGACCACUUGACAUUCUUGAUCACGGUUCCCACUGCUCUCUUUCUCUUCUUGUCCAUCUUCAUCCUCGUCUGCAUUGAGUCGGUCUUCAAGCGUAUGCUCGGCCUCUUCUCUCUCCUUAUAUGGGCCUGUCUGGUCACCAUGGGUUACCUGUUCAUGUUUUCAGGAGGGAUACUCAGCCCCUGGGACCAGGUGUCCUUCUUCCUGUUCAUCGUGUUCGUUGUCUACACCAUGCUGCCCUUCUCCAUGAGAGGAGCCAUUAUCGCCAGCGCCAUCACCUGCUUCUCGCACACGGUCACCCUCAGCAUCUGUCUGGCCUCCACCGUCACAGAGCUGGAGCCUCUCGUCUGGCAGAUCUUAGCCAAUGUGAUCAUCUUCACCUGUGGUAACCUGGCGGGGGCGUACCAUAAACACCUGAUGGACCUGGCUCUCAAACAGACCUACCAAGACACCUGCAACUGCAUCAAGUCACCCAUUAAACUCGAGUUUGAGAAGCACCAGCAGGAGCGCUUACUGCUGUCCCUGCUGCCGUCUCAUAUAGCCCGGGUGAUGAAAGCUGAGAUCAUCCAGAGGCUGCAGGGACCCAACUUCGGUCGAACUGAGAGCACCAACAACUUCCACAACCUCUAUGUGCAGCGACACACCAAUGUCAGCAUUCUGUACGCUGACAUCGUGGGCUUCACCAGGCUGGCCAGUGACUGCUCCCCAGGUGAACUGGUGCAUAUGCUGAAUGAACUUUUUGGCAAGUUUGACCAGAUUGCAAAGGAGAACGAGUGUAUGCGAAUCAAGAUCCUUGGAGAUUGUUACUACUGUGUAUCCGGUCUGCCUGAGUCGCUGCCUCACCACGCCAGGAACUGCGUGAAGAUGGGCCUGGAUAUGUGUGAGGCCAUCAAGAAGGUCCGAGACGCCACCGGAGUCGAUAUCAACAUGCGCGUCGGUGUUCAUUCUGGGAACGUCCUGUGUGGUGUGAUUGGCCUUCGCAAGUGGCAGUACGACGUGUGGUCACAUGAUGUGACGCUAGCCAAUCAUAUGGAGGCAGGGGGUGUGCCAGGAAGAGUCCACAUCUCUUCAGUGACACUGGAGCAUCUGAAGGGCUCAUAUAAGGUGGAGCCUGGAGACGGACAGGGACGAGACUCCUACCUGAAAGAACACGGAGUGGUCACCUACCUGGUCAUCAACCCCAAGACUGAGAGACACAGCCCUCUGUUGGGUGUGCGCUCUCGCCCCUCUCUGGACGGUGGGAAGAUGAGGGCAUCUGUCAGAAUGACCCGAUACCUGGAGUCCUGGGGCGCCGCCAAGCCCUUUGCCAACCUCCACCAUCGAGACAGCAUGACCACAGACAACGGCAAGAUCAACACCACUGACGUUCCGAUGGGGCAGUACCACUUCCAGAGACGAGAAAGGUCCAAAUCUCAAAGGAGGAGGUUUGAGGAGGAGCUCAAUGAGCGAAUGAUUCGCACCAUCGAUGGCAUCAACUCACAGAAACAAUGGCUGAAGUCUGAGGACAUCCAGAGGAUCUCAUUGUUCUUUCACAACAAAGCUCUGGAGAAAGAGUACAGAUCCACAACAUUACCAGCCUUCAAGUACUACGUCACCUGCGCCUGCCUCAUAUUCUGCUGUAUAUUCAUAGUGCAGGUCCUCGUCUUGCCCAAAACUGCUGUGCUGGGGAUCUCCUUUGGCCUGGCGUUCCUGCUGUUGGCUUUGAUCCUGCUCCUUUGCUUUGCUGGUCACAUUCUGCAGGGUAGGAAGGGCUCCUUCUGCUCCCUAACCUGGCUGUUCCCCACUUCCUCCCGCAUCAUUGUCACCAAUAAUCCCUGGCUGCGAUUGGUCCUCACCAUGACGACCACUGCUCUCAUACUCGUGAUGGCCGUCUUCAACAUGUUCUUUGUGGAGGACCCUGGAGGAUCCACAGAGGACCUCCUGACAACUCCUCCACCUGUGAAUCUAACCAAUGACAGCCUGUUGGACUACCUGGACGAAAACACAAGAGAAAGCAAGUUUUAUCUGCCAUACUUCAUCUAUUGCUGCAUCCUGGGGCUGGUGUCGUGCUCAGUGUUCCUGAGGAUCAACUAUGAGCUGAAGAUGGUGGUGAUGCUGGUUGCCGUGGUGAUCUACAACAUCAUCAUCCUCCAGACGCACGCCUCCCUGCUGGAUGGAUUUAGCAAAGCGCUGUACACUGCCGAUACACUGGAUAGACCAGGAGUGCUGAAGGAUCUGAAGACGAUGGGCUCUGUGUCUCUGUUCAUCUUCUUCAUCACCCUACUGGUGUUAGCCAGGCAGAAUGAAUAUUACUGUAGGUUGGACUUCCUGUGGAGGGACAAGUUCAAGAGGGAGUGCGAGGAGAUCGAAACCAUGGAGAACCUUAACCGGGUUCUUCUGGAGAACGUCUUACCCGCCCACGUCGCUGAACACUUCCUGGGACGCAACUGGAAAAAUGAGGACCUUUAUCAUCAGUCCUACGAGUCAGUGUGUGUGAUGUUCGCCUCCAUCCCAGACUUCAAAGAGUUUUACACUGAGUCCGAUGUCAAUAAGGAAGGACUGGAGUGCCUCCGUCUUCUCAACGAGAUCAUAGCGGACUUUGAUGAGCUGCUGUCCAAACCCAAGUUCAGUGGAGUGGAGAAGAUAAAGACCAUUGGCAGCACCUACAUGGCUGCAACUGGACUCAACGUGACACCGGGACCAGAGUGCACACAGGAACACGACAGACAGUACAUGCACAUUGGCAGCAUGGUGGAGUUUGCCUUUGCUCUGGUGGGGAAGCUCGAUGUCAUCAACAAACACUCCUUCAACGACUUCAGACUCAGAAUUGGUAUAAACCACGGGCCAGUGAUUGCGGGGGUCAUCGGGGCCCAGAAACCUCAGUAUGACAUCUGGGGAAACAGUGUGAAUGUGGCCAGUAGGAUGGAGACCACGGGGGUACUGGGAAAAAUACAGGUAACAGAAGAGACGAGUCAUAUCUUAUCAUUGCUGGGGUACAUGUGUUCAUGCCGUGGCAUCAUUAACGUAAAGGGCAAAGGAGAGCUGAAGACCUACUUUGUUCACACUGAGAUGACCCGAUCGCUGUCACAAGGGACUGUGAUGCCUUGAACAUGCCGCACUAACCCAACGAGUAAGACUUGAGAACACGAUCUCACACACAAAGUGGCUGUAGAAGUGAUUUGUCAUGCUCCGUAACAAAAACCCAUUACCAGCAGCCUGCAGUAUGAUGAAUAGACAAUUGUUGAGAACCAGUUUUGUCCUUAGCAACACAAUGUAAAGCGGGCCGAGGUGCACCGCCAUAGUCCUUCAACGCUGCACUAGUGUCAAGUGUUACAAGGACUUUGCUCUGAAGAGUCUCUUCAGCGUCUAAAGGAGUGCCUGACUAAAGAGAGGUCUGCCACAUUAGUGCAGCUCUCAAGGACCGCAGUCACCCAUGUGUACAGUAGUAGUGGUGUGGAGCUAAUUACCCACGCCAGCCAGUGUUGCAGUGCUUCAGAGCCUUAUACUUGAGCAAACUGAGCUGCCUGCCGAGCUGUGUUCGUUUUUUAUAUCUUUGGCACUGUGAGCCGGUUUGUUCCAUUUUAUUCCAAACGGAUGUUACAAUAGUUUAUUGUCAUAUAGAGCAAGUGGUGCCAAGAAAUGGCCAGUGUGAUGGGUAGUGUGCCAAAACCUGUGAAUUGUAUUUAUAGCUUUAGAGCUGCGUUUGUGUCCCACUGAAGCGUCGGUGGACUCAGGCACAAGAUUCAAGAGGAAAGUAGAGGUUUCUUUUUUAUAAUCCAUCUGGAACUAAACCAACAGCGACGUGUGUAAAUGUCCAC